AUGGUAGUCUGCAAGCGCUCCUGCAGCGCCUCACGGCCUCCAGCCAAGAAGCUGAAGCUCACCCACCCGGAGACGAGGCCCGAGUCGUUUUGGAACAGCCUCGCCAGCACGCCGCUUACCAAAGGCGCGCUUCAGGAACAGACUCGAAGGCUCGGGUCCGUCGAGCCCAACUUUCACUACUUGGACGACUUCAUGUUGAGUCCCGAGCUGCCGGACGAGUGCAGCCGCAAGCUACGCAAGUUUUCUAUGCAUGGCGGCCCCGAUAUGCGGGACGUAGUAGGAUACUGCUGCUACAUCGAGGUCGAAGAGGACGAAGAAGAAGACUUGUACGACCCUGCCACCACGGUCUCAGAGGUCGACGAGGACGGACCCUACGACGCGGCCUUUGCGCAACACCUCGUCGACCACGGCGUUGUCCCCAAGGGCGUAUUUCCACACGGCUUCGUUGACCCCACAGGCAGCAAAUCCCCUUCGCAACCGGACAACCUCUCUGAACUACACAAGGUCUCAUGUCGCCGACGUGCGUCCCUCGCUGGGUCGGACCCCGGCUAUGAUGAGUUCGUCAAGACAGAUGACUUGGUCAACGAUGGCAUGGAGACGCCUGAGGCGCUCUUGCCGCUGCUCGAGGGCUCAUCCAACCAGUGCGAAACCAUAGGCGGAGGAGUACCCUUUUCGAAUCUCGACCACCUCACCGACGGGUCUCUGGUCGCAGCGCAGCCGGGCACUUACCACGGCGUGCUGCAGAACACAUUCCGACCCCGUGUCCUGGCAAAACUGCGCCAGCAAAUCGUCCCCUCUCUUGACCGCUGGGAUCCCGUGCUCCCCACCGUCUUUCUCGAGGCCAAGUCGCCCAACGCCUGCGAAAAGGCAUCCGUCUGCCAGAUGCUGUACACCAUGGCGCUCGGCGCGCGAGCAUACAGAAGCCUUCAGGACGCCGCUGGCGGUCGCGGUCCGGUCAGAAUCGACCAUGGCGCGUAUACUUUCGGCGCCGUGUAUCGGUGCGGUUGGCUCCAGCUCUUUGCUUGUUACGUCCGGGAACGCAACAAGAAGGGCUGGUGCGUGCCCGUCUUGCUGGGCGAGUGGGAUAUUCGGGCGAACAGCCAGAGUUUCUGCGACGGCAUGGCGGCAUAUCGGAACGUCAGGGACUGGGCGGCUGCGAAGCGGGUAGAGCUCGUGCAGCAGGCAAACGACUGCUGCUAG